AAGGAUGGAGGAAAGGGAGGCGGGGAGGGCGAAGAAAAAAUGUCCUGCAAAUUCUUUCCCUGUGAUGCUUCCUGAUGUGAUCUCCGUGCUCGUGUACCUGCAGGAGGCUGACGGAGGGGUGCAGGUGUUAAUAUAUGGUGAUGAGGGGCCGCUGCGACUCCCCAGAAAGAAGAUAGGGGGAGAUGAAGAGGGGGACUCCAUCACCACGACUACGAUCAAGGCGCGGGACACCUCACUCACAGCCUUGGCCCAGAGCAUAGCGGCGGCGGCGGCUGGCCUCCCCCCGCCCCCCAGGCCGCCACAGCUGCUGCAGGUGACCAAGGUGUUCGACCCCCUCACGGCGCGCCAUUACCAGCACUAUGUCUUUGCCUUCCCCCUCGACGCUGUGGCCUGGAGCAAGGUUGAGGUCGGGCCCGGGCUGCAGAAGACUAGCCUGGAGAAGCUGCGCACAUCCUCCGUGGGCGCCAUGAGGUGGUGGGGCUGGUGGAGCGCAUUGCCUGUAGAGUGCCAGGUGCGCAGCUGAGGGAGGUGAGUCCAGGGAUGCUGUGGCAGGGAGGCGACACAACACAGGCGCAUGAGGGGGCCGCCGAGGGACAGACGAUGGAGGAGCUGUUGAGGUCACCGGGAUACAGAGAACAAG